AUGAGCCUCCCAGAGAACCUCCUCCCCAACGAAGCGAACCCGGCAUGGAUGAACAAGGCCGACAACGCGUGGCAGCUGACGGCGGCGACGCUGGUCGGCAUGCAGAGCGUGCCGGGCCUCGUGAUCCUGUACGGGAGCAUCGUGAAGAAGAAGUGGGCCGUGAACUCGGCCUUCAUGGCGCUGUACGCAUUCGCGAGCGUGCUCGUUUGCUGGGUCGGGUGGGGCUACCGCAUGUCCUUCGGGGACAAGGGCAUCCAAUUCCUGGGCAUGCCCAACGUCGCGCUCGACCAGAAGUUCCUCCUCGACCAAACCUUCGGCGGCUACAAGUUCCCCAACGCGACCAUGGUGUACUUCCAGUUCGUGUUCGCCGCGAUCACGCUGAUCCUGAUCGCCGGGGCGCUGCUGGGGCGGAUGAACUUCCACGCCUGGAUGCUGUUCGUGCCUCUUUGGUUGACGUUUUCGUACACGAUCACGGCGUACAGCAUAUGGUCCCCGAACGGUUGGCUGUCUAAGAAGGGAAUCAUCGAUUACUCGGGUGGCUAUGUGAUCCAUCUCUCUUCUGGUGUGGCCGGCUUCACUGCAGCUUUCUGGGUUGGGCCGAGGGCGACCAAGGAUAGGGAGAGGUUCCCUCCCAACAACAUCCUCCUCAUGCUCGCUGGCGCCGGGCUGCUGUGGAUGGGAUGGACCGGGUUCAACGGCGGGGACCCGUACAGCGUCAGCAUCGACGCGUCCCUGGCUGUCCUCAACACCCACGUGUGCACGGCCACGAGCCUGCUGACGUGGCUCCUGCUCGACAUCCUCUUCUUCGGGAAACCCUCCGUUAUCGGCGCCACCCAGGGCAUGAUCACCGGCCUAGUUUGCAUCACUCCUGCCGCAGGAGUUGUGCAGGGUUGGGCGGCGAUCCUAAUGGGGAUCAUGUCCGGGAGCAUCCCGUGGUACACUAUGAUGGUGCUCCACAAGAAGCUAUCGCUCCUCAAGCAGGUCGACGACACGAUGGCCGUGUUCCACACCCAUGCCGUCGCUGGCAGCCUCGGCGGCAUCCUCACAGGCUUCUUCGCCGAGCCCAAGCUCAACCGCCUCUUCUACAACGCCACCGACUGGCAGCACUACUGCGGCCUCGCCUACGGGCUUCAGAUGGGCCGCCCUGGGGCCGGGUUCAAGCAGAUGGGCAUCCAAAUCCUGGGCAUUGUUUACGUGGUCGUCAUCAAUGUGAUCAUGACGAGCUUGAUAUGCUUGGUAGUGAGGGCGAUCGUGCCGCUGAGGCUGGCCGAGGACGAGUUGCAAGCCGGGGAUGACGCGAUCCAUGGUGAGGAGGCCUACGCCCUGUGGGGCGACGGAGAGAAGUUCGAGUCCUCCAAGUACAAUUCGGUCCAUGGCAUCGAUGAGUUCCCGUCGGUGGUGCCUAAAGCCGGAGGCGAACUGCAAAUGGUUUAAUCAGAAGAGAUCGAUCGAUGUCAUGGGAAUCAGAUGAAUUUGGCAAUGUUCCAAGUCUUUUGUUUCGCUGUCUGUUCUAAGGGAGUGACA